AUGUCUAAGAAUACUAAGGUUCAAAAACAAAAUGAUGGAGGUAAUGAAAGUCAAACUCCUUUGAGUACUUCGAAUUUACAACAACAUAAUUCUCAAUAUCAAUCAUCAACUCAAUCAAAUCAAUCACCUCAACAACCUUCUACCACUACUUCAAAUAAUGGUAAUCAAAGGUAUAAUUCCAAUUAUAAUAAACACUAUAACAAUAGAUCUAACCAAAAUAGACAAAGUGGAUACAAAAAGAGUUAUAAACCUAAUCAUCAUCAAAAUCAAUAUGAUUAUAAUGCUGCUGCUGCCGCUGCUUAUCAACAAGGUAUGAUGUAUCCUUAUGGAGGUUAUACUUAUGGUUAUCCUAUGAUGCCUAUGGGUUAUGCUCCAAAUCCUAAUAGUCCAACCACUAUGUAUAAUGGAAUGAACCCAAAUCCUCAAUUAUCAGCAUCUCCAACUUCAAUACAUUCUUCAGUUAAUGGAACUCCAAAUUUACCAACUUUACCUUUGAAUAAAAGUCCCCAAGCUUUUGUUCCUGGUAAAAUCAAAAUUACUGAUAAAGAUGGUAAGCCUGUUGAGUUUGAAGAUAAAAAACUUAAAUCUUCCACUACUUCACCAAUUGCUUCCCCAGCAAAAUCAUUCGCUAGUCCUAUCAGACCAAACACUUCAUUGAACAGUCAACCAGUUCCUAAUUUAGGUAACACUGCUAGUCCAAUUCCAAAACAACCACUUCCAGUAUUUAUUCCACCAGCUCAAACUACUACUCCAGCUCCACCAAAACCUCAACCAAAACCUGCUGCUAGUACCGGUAAGGAUACCGUCGUUCUUGAAGAUUUCAAAGCUAAAAUUGCUAGAUUAGCUGCUGCUGCCAAAUUGAAGAAAGAACAAGAAUUGGCUGCUAAAGAAGGAAGACCAAUUCCUCAAGCUGAAGAACCAAAGGAAGAAACUAAACCAAAGGUCGAAGUUAAGGAAGAAGUCAAAGAAACUGUUCCAGAAAAAGAAGCCAAAGAACCAGUUGUUGAAACUAAAGUUGAAACUAAAGAACCAGUCGUCGAAUCAAAAACCGAAUCAAAAGAUGUCGAACCAAAAGUUGAAUCAAAAGUUGAACCAAAAGCCGAACCUGUCGAAUCAAAAGAAUCUGAAUCCUCAGAAAUACCGCCAACUAAAUCUGUUGAAAUUCAAGAACCAGAAGGUGAACAAGAUGAUGAAGACGAUGAAGAUGACGAUGAAGACGAUGAAGAAGAAGAAGAACCAGCACAACCUGAAAUGGACUUAUCUCAAUUUUUCGAUAAAAUAAAAGACGUCGAUAUCAUUGAAGACCCUUACACCAUGACAUACCCCGAACCAUUAGUAGGGGUUGAUCCAAAAUGGAAGAUUGAAGGUAAAAAAUUCAGAUAUGAUCCUCAAUUCUUGAUUCAGUUCCAAAAUGUUGUUACUUUCGAAGUUGAUGAAGAAUGGAAGAAUAAAUUGGCUGGUUUAGGAAUUGUUGCUCAAUCUAAUAACAGAAAAUACCCACCAAAUAUGCAAAGAGGAGGUAGUAAAGGUAUGGGUAGAUUUAAUAAUUCAAGUAGAGGUGGAUCAAAUGUUAAUUUCGAAAAUGUCAGACAAAAUUCCAGAAAUGGUAGUAAAAGAAGAGUUGGUAGUUCAAGAGAUAAAUCUAAGAGAGGAGGACAAUCUAAAAGAAAUAGAGAUGGUAAAGAUGAUCAAAUCACUAUUCCUCCUGAAGAAAUUAAACCAUUGGAAAAAUCAGCUAAUAGAUGGGUUCCAAGAUCAAGAGCUAAAACUGAAGAAGUUAAAAUGGCUCCUGAUGGAGUUACUCCAAUAUUAAAUGAAGAAGAAAUUGAAAGAAAAGUUAAAUCAUUAUUGAAUAAAUUAACAUUAGAAAUGUUUGAUCCAAUUACUGAUGAAAUUUUGAAAAUCAUGGAUCAAUCUAAAUGGGAAGAUGAUGCACAAACUGUUAAACAAGUAAUUGGUUUAACAUUUGCUAAAGCUUGUGAUGAACCUUAUUGGUCAUCAAUGUAUGCUCAAUUCUGUGCUAAAAUGGUUACUAGAAUCACUGAUGAAGUUACAGUUGAUGAUGGUCAAGGUGGUAAAAAAUCCGGUGGUGAUUUAGCUAGAAGAUUAUUAUUAGCUACCUGUCAAAAAGAAUAUGAAAAAGGAUGGUCAGAUAAAUUACCAAAAGUUGAAGAUGGUAAUGUUGAAAUGAUGUCUGAUGAAUAUUAUGCUAUGGCAGCUGCUAAAAGAAGAGGUCUUGGUUUAGUUAAAUUUAUCGGUCAAUUAUUCUUAUUAGGAAUGUUAAAUGAUAAAGUUGUUUUCUAUUGUUUAACUAAUUUAUCUAAAAAUACUGAAGAUCCUUCUGAAGAUAGUUUAGAAAGUUUAGCUCAAUUAGUUACUGCUGUUGGACCAAAAUUCGAUUCUCAUGAAAGAAAUAAAUUUUUCUUAUCAAAUAUUUUCGAAAGUAUUCAAACUAUCUUAGAUAAAGUUAAAUUACCUUCAAGAAUUAAAUUUAUGUUAAUGGAUUUACAAGAUUUAAGAAAAGCUGGUUGGGUUUCAAAUAAAGGAGAUGAAGGACCAAAAACUAUCAAAGAAAUUCAUGAUGAUGCUGAAAUUAAAAGAUUAGAAGAUGAAAAAGCUGCUAUAGAAAGAAGAAGAAAAGGUAAUAAGAAUUUAGAUUCAAGGUCAAAUUCUUCAAGAAAUAAUAAUUCUAAUUGGGGUUCAACACCAAAAAGAGUUGAAUCAAGUUCUAAAUUACCAAUUAAAGAUUCAAAAGGAUUCCAAUCAGUAUCAAGAUCUCAAAGUAAUAGAGUUGAUUCAAAUUUAAACAGAGAAAAUUCUAAAAGAACUGAAUCAACUCAAUCAAAUAUGUUUGCUGCCUUAGGCGGUGAUGGUGAAGAUCAUGAUCAUGAUCAUGAACAAGAUCAAGAUAAUGAUGAAAAGGAAACUGAAAAACCUGGACCCAUUGAAAUUUAG